UGCAAAUGACGUUUCAUGUGGGGCGUUUCUUGUGUAACUUCAGUCCGCAGCCAGAGCUUCGCCCCUACCUCACCGCUGACCAGCACAGCGCACAAACAUCAAAGGGGACUCGUUUAUUCUUCAGAGGCACCAUUGUUUUUUGACUAUGAUCUGAUGAUUAGUAAUCUCAAUAUGGAGUUGUACUGGUACAUAGUGGUCAUCAUAUUCAUCGUCAUCAAGAUCUUCUUCUACGUGUGCUGGUACCGCUCACGUCAGAGACAACUGGCCGCGUACCUCAACAACCCUCGUAAUUCGCAGAUAGUUAUCGUGGGAGGGAGGGCCUACCUGCAUCAGAUGUGUGAGAGACAGAAUACGUCUAUCUGGCCCAGUUGGUAUGGGGUUCAGGAUGAGGGAUCAGUGGGCGAGUCUUCUGCCUCACUCCCCCCGGCAGCAGUAUCCUUCUCUCACCUGGACAUGCCACCUCCAUACCAAGCUGUCUCCGGAGCGGAUGACCUGAAGCCUCCUCCGUACAGCGAGGUUGCCCAGAGCGACGACGUCGACGCAUCUCGCCCCGCCCCUCUCCCCAUUCUCCCUCCCCCUCUCUUUGAGGGUGAAGACUCUGCCAGCAUCAUAAGCGAGGCCCCGCCUCCAUACACCCCCAGCCCCAAUCGACAGGAGGGUCCCGUCAACCCCAGCCAAUCACAUUCAGAGGACCGACCCAACUAGACCAAUCGAACCCUGAUGCCGACUGACUCUUUACCUCCUUUCCAAGUGCUGCCUUCUAAUCUCAGCGAUCCCUGCCAGCUGUGCCCUCACUAAACCGAGGACACACUUUGUUUUUGUUUUAAAAAGGUUGUUUUGUAUUUUCUACUGUCUGAAAGUGAUUUAUUGUGAUCAUGGAUAUGAUAAAUGAAUAAAAGAUCAUGUGGAGUUGAUGGGAGUUUGACUUCUGCUAUACCACUGCUCCUCUCUGGAACACCCCACUGCCUCAUGGGAAGGGGAGCAAUGGAAGGAGAGAUGUACACAGCCGCCAGCAACGGAGAGGAGAGGCCACAAUAAUGUCCGAUAUCCAAUGAGUCCAUUAUGGCCUUUAGUGUUGCGUCCUCCAGGCCAGUGCUCCCUAUCAGAGGUGUGUGUCCGCUGCCCUCUCAGAGCUGACUAAAACACUGUUCUUCAGAACGUCCAACAGCAUUUUCCUUGGAGAUUUAGAGAGGGAUGUCAAUUAAUUUCCAAGAAAUCUACUGAAAAGAAUGUUGGAAAUAAACUACUUGAUCAUAAUGUUUAUACUACAAUCAUCGUGUUAAUGACUAGUGUCUAUAGUCCAUGGUAGUGUCGUCCUCUUGUCACUAUCUGGCUUGGUUAGAACCUAAACCUGUAGAAUGUCCUUUUCUGUUAUUGUCUCACCCUGAAACUUCUGGACCUUAAAGCCUAUAACUAGGGUCCAGAGUUUUUCCUGAUCAGGUCAUGUACUCAGGAGAGACUCUUAAGCCCUAGUCCACUCCGGUCACUGAAUAUGGGAGAUGUCAUGCGAUUGCUUCAGGGCCAUUGCAUUUACCAUAACCCCAUUGGAACGUAUUUACUAUAGUUAUGUCCCAAUCACAUCUCCUUUCUCUCUAAGGGUGCAUUUUGUUCUCUUCACUGAUUUGAAAGGAAAUUACCAGUUUUAGGUUGGAAACUCCCUCUAGCCCAUGCCUCCACCAAUCCAAUGCUUUAUGGGAAAUAGUGAAAGAGUGCAUUAUUCAGGAGAAAGUAGAUAUUGGGACGCACCCUAAGUAUCUCAACUAUUUGGUUCCUUCCUUCCCACGGCUGGUAAUGGAGGAGCUAAGGGGCUUUACGAUGACUCCUCCAGAGCUGACGAUGACCCCACAAACAAUAAUAAUAAUGGUAUAUGUGUUGUAAGAAGUACUACGGGAAAGUUUACUGAUGAGACUCAUUUGAAAGAUGUCUAUAAGCGUAGAAUAGAAUGGUUGUCGAUGCGUUUAAGAUGGUUUUACAUGUUAUUGUUACAUGAUUGUCCUUCGCUUUGUGAUAUCAACUUGGUGUGUGUCCAUUCCAGAUUUGUAACCUCGCCUCAUUGGCCUUACUCUAUACAGUUAUUAGUAUUGAGUUACUUCAUUCAACAUCUCUGCACAAUGGUUGGAACCAGAUAAAGACCAACACCUUGAUUUACACACGUCAUAAUAUAGCAGGUUUUUGGCCGUUUAACAAGCUAGGUUAUUUGAAAAUGUUUUGUUUUCAUGUUCAUUCCUGUGGUUUAAGUGCUAGACAUAUCAAACCAUCCCAAACAGGUAGCCAUAUGCAUUAUGGGGUUUGAUUCUGCAUUUUAGAGACUUGAUUUUAUUGUUGGGAAUUUUGGGGAGUAAUUAAUUGUACAUUAAACAUAUGUUCAUGUA